AUGCCGGCUUAUCAGCCUCCUCAUACCCGGACUCGCCCUCCAGCGGUACCUCCUCGAAAUCCCGAAGCUGGAGGAUCAGCCGAUCCCCCGCCGCCCCGAACGCGAGUUCAGGCCGAGACAUCCGGACACAUGCCUCCCCGGACGCCCGCUCCAGCUCGUGGCGGCCCUGGUACUGGCAUACCUGGCCUGCCAUCCUCAACACGAGACUGGUCCUCUCCGUCCAGAGCAUCAUCCUCGGUCCUAGCGUCCCCAGCUAGCGAUAUCCGUCCGUCCACACGGACAGACCUGCAUUCUAGGCCCAAGAAAGCGGUAGAAGGUACUGGGAUGGAGGACAUGGAGUUUAUUCAGUCUGUGUCAAGGAGCGGAGGAGAUGGGGCAGAGGGAGAUGCACUGAAGAAUUGGGGUUUGCAAGAGCGGUACAGGCGGUAUAUUGACGAACGACUCGACAAGCAUUACGCUCUCUUUCCUGGUUUCAGAGAUACUCCACCACCCGCUAGGGCGACGGACCAGCUCGAAAGUCUAGGCAGUAUCGUCCUGCUCUUCCGGAAACUACGCGAAGGUAUCGCAGCUUCAGGCCGGGUCGACGACUUCGCUAUAGAGGCCGUCGAAUCUUCCGCCCUCCUCGCGCUAUACGCUCGCACACCCACCCAACUCCUCUCCUCCCUCUCCCCCCUCGUUCACACCCUGUACACCUCGGCCGACAUCUGCCGUUCCUCCGCUAUAGCCAAGCGGACCCCCGUCGGGCUGACCGCCUCCUUCUCAGAGCUCAAGCUCCUCCCGCCCGCUCCGGACAUCCCGGACAAUCGGGGGCUCUACGCCUCCUUGUUGUUACUAUAUCAUCUGUGCCAUUCUGGGUCAAUCACGGCGUACACGGCGGCGCUGGGGGAGUUGACAAGGCCUAAGCGGACAAUAUUCCGGGCGCCAUUCGCAGAUAGCACCAGCGGCUCCAGCGGUACCAACGGGUCUCAACCGACUGAGAAACCAAAACUCCCCCCUCGGCCCUUCUUACAUCCUCUCGACCCCUCUCUUCGUCUGGCUCGGCGCCUCGCUCGUAUUCUCUCGGCAGAACGGUUCGAUCCGGUCGCAUACUGGGGUAUACUGGCCGAUCCGAAGACAAGCAGCGCGGAGGGGGCGAUGAUCAGCUGGGGUACGGAUAGGGUCAGAGAGAGGGCCUGGGAGGUGUUGAAGAAAGCAUAUCUGGAGCUCGGGAUGGAAUGGGCUGGGGAGUGGCUAGGCCUCGAGGAGGGCGAAGUAGGGGAGUGGGCAGAGGGGAAGGGGGCGCAAGUGAAGGAUGGGCGGAUAAAGCUGAGAUGA